CCCUUCCCCGCUGGCCCCCUCAAAAUCUGCUGGAGGGCUGGUCGGGCGCGGGGGGGGGGGGUCCAUCCGGAGCAGCAGGGGAGAGAAAGGGAAAGUAAGACACGCGUCGGGUUACACCUCGCGGCUAGGAGCAAAGGCAGAGCGCGUCGCGUCUGCUUGCACCGAGGGCUGCGAUCCUCCGCCUAUUUCCCCGGGAGCAAGACCUCCGGACGGCGACGGAACGUGUUGCUCCUUGCGCCUGUUUUCAGGGCUGCGCGCGGGGAGCAGCUCAUAGCUGUCAACGUUUCCCCGUUCUUUAAGGGAAAUUCCCUUAUUCCGAAUAGGAUCCCUCGCAAGAAAAGGGGAAAGUUGACAGCUAUGGAGCAGCUGCUUGUCGCCCCCCGCCCCGUGUCCUCCUUCCUUCCCACCUCCCCUCCCCUCCCGCCUCUGCCCAAGCUCGAUUCUCCGCCCUCCCUGCGCGCCUCCCUCGUCCAAUCCAGGCGCGCCCGGGCUGAGCUGCGCGGCUCCGGCCGGAGGGGGACUCUUAUUGUGAAGCGGGGCGGCCGCUUCCCUCUCUUGCUUAGUCAUGCUGACUUACAGCCCCGCGCUCCUCCUCCUCCUCCUCCCUCCGCUCCGCGCUCCUGCCUUCCCUCCCGUGGCGGCGGCGGCGGCGGCGGCGUGCGCAAUGGAGGGCGAGCGGAGCGCCCGGGCGGGCGGCGGAGGCCGGCGAGGGAGGCGGCGGCGGCGAGGAGGGCAGCCGCGGGCGGGUGAGUGGUGGCCGCGCUCCCCGCGCCGCUUUCUGCACAUGCACAGAGGGCGGCCUGUUGCUUCCGACUCUCCUUUCCCGUCCCCAACCUGCGUGGCCCGAGUGGGGCUGGGCUCAGGCCCGAGCCGCGGGCUCCCCAGAGCUGUGUCCUGGCUGGGGAGGCCUUCCGCCUGCUCUCCGCUCAGGAAGGCCCCUAUCCUUAACUUCCACCAACAAGAGUCACCCUCCUGAAAGUGAGCGGCGAGCCUGGGGGGGGGGGCGCGCAUAUGGGGUGGGGGCUCCCAGGCCCCCGAGGAGGAAAGCGCAGGGGCGGGAGGGGGCUCUGCCUUUGUCGAAUUGGGAGGUGGUUUUGUUUUAGCUCUUUGCACCUGGUGGGAAGAUGCGUCCUGGCCAGAGUUGUGUGCCUUUGUUAUGGGGCAGGUAGGCGAGCUGGAGAGGGUGGUUGGCUAUGGGGAGGCGCCUCUUUGGACCGUGGGGUUGUAGGAGGAGGGGCGGGGGGCGGGGCGGCGAAGGGAGAAAGUUAGGGUCGGGCACCACUGGCUGCGGAAGCGAUUUGAAGCGGGCCAUCUGGAAUGGCAGUAUUUUGAAGGGAGUCCCGUGUGAUGGGCGUGGCCCGGGAUCCCUGGUGAUGUCAUCAAGAGAUCUGGUUUGGGGUGCAGGAUCCUGGAGGUGCAUCCAGGGCAUACGCGUCUCAGGUUGUAAGGGGUCAGCUCCAGAUGUUGUCGACAGACUCCAUCUCCCCAGACAGCAUGUCCGGCACUAGGAGGGGCCUAGGCUCCCCUUGUGUGUCUCAGAAAUUAAUUGGGAAAAUCUGGGCACGCGAACCUAAGUUUUUUCUCUCGAGUAGGCUUGUGGCAUGUGGAAGAAACUGCUGAAUGUGUACAUAGUGCACUUUACGCUGGGCUGCAGUUCCCUGGCAGAAGGACGGGGGUAGGCCUUUGCCAACCACAAUGAAGCCCCUCCCCCAACACUUGCUGCCCACUGAGGCUUGAAAGGAAAAAGUGGUCAAUGGAUUUUAUAAGAUUUUUUUGUAAACUAAGUACAGUGGUACCUCUGGUUGCGAACGGGAUCCGUUCCGGAGGCCCAUUUGCAACAUGAAAAGCCCGCAACCUGAAGCGCCGUAUCUGCACAGGUGCAUGGCGCAAUUUGGCCUUAUGCGCAUGCGCGAGCGGCGAAACCUGGAAGUAACCCUUUCCAGUACUUCCGGGUCACCGCGGGACACAACCUGAAAAAACAUAUCAUGAAGCAAACAUAACAUGAGGUAUGACUGUACAGUGGUACCUCGGGUUACAGACGCUUCAGGUUACAGACUCCGCUAACCCAGAAAUAGUACCUCGGGUUAAGAACUUUGCUUCAGGAUGAGAACAGAAAUCAUUCGGCAGUGGGAGGCCCCAUUAGCUAAAGUGGUACUUAAGGUUAAGAACGGUUUCAGGUUAAGAAUGGACCUCCAGAAGUUCUUAACCCGAGGUACCACUGUACCUGCCUUUUACUUGACUUAAAGUUAAAGAUAGUUACUUAAAUCACUUAUAGGCUGUUUCCCCACACAUAUUAUUAUUAUUAUUAUUAUUAUUAUUAUUAUUUUAUUUAUACCCCACCUAUCUGGCUGCGUUUACCCAGCCACUCUGGGCGGCCUCCAACAAAAUAUUAAAAAUACAAUAAAACAUCAAAAACUUCCCUAAACAGGGCUGCCUUCAGAUGUCUUCUAAAAGUCGGAUAGUUGCUUAUUUCCUUGACAUCUGAUGGGAGGGCGUUCCACAGGGCAGGCGCCACCACCGAGAAGGCCUUCUGCCUCGUUCCCUGUAACCUCACUUCUCGCAGUGAGGGAACUGCCAGAAGGCCCUUGGAGCUGGACUUCAGUGAAGGACUGGGGUGGAGACGCUCCUUCAGGUAUACUGGGCCGAGGCCAUUUAGGGGUUUAAAGGUCAGCACCACACUUUGAAUUGUUCCCCACCCCUGACAGUAAAAUCCUAAAGAAAUGAACACGCAAGACCCCAUUGGGAGAUACUGGUAUCCACGGUCUUCCAAGUUGCCCAGCGUAGUUCCUGACUUUUAAGGCCUCUGUGAUAGGAGCAUCUUUCAUUCCUUCCUAAUAGCAGCAAAAGAUCUGAAACCUUGGGUCUCUCACUUGCUUAUAGGCAAAGCCCUCCAUACUGUUGCAUUUGUGAAAUAUCAAGGGCACUGUUGUUUUACUGAAUGAACAAGAGAAACCACUCCUUUCGCAGAGCAAAGAACACCUGUCACACUUCCAUUUUCUUCUUUCAUCAAGGUAAUACAUUAGAACCUCAAAGGAGAAACAAACAUAAAAAGGUGGUCUUGACUCAUAGCCUUACUGUACUCAAACUGGCCCUGAGUAAGUAAGGCUUUAGUUGCUUAAUUACUGAAUCAAAGUUUGAAGCUGUGAUGUGUCUUCGUGAAUAAGCCUGCAAAAGUUAGUACCCUCUGACAUUAUUUUUACUAGAGUCAAAACCCAUCAGAAUGAGAGUAAGGCUGGGAGAACAUUUGAGUCCCUACUUCUACGUAGCUGCUGCUCUUCCUUGCCCAGUGUGAUUUCUGUACCUCUGAUGCUGAGAGUCCUUGAUAGUCUGCAGUUUCUUAGAGCCCUCCAAGCACAUUUGAUGGGCUGAAAAGAUGCGAGAGAUGUGCCCGCAGGUAGUUUUCUGGCAGAGCUUUUCCAAGUGGUGAAUGGGCUUUUGUCACCUGGCCGAGAGAGUGUACCCAAGACACCUUCAGAGGUUUGCAGUAACAACUUGCAAGACACUUUAAGGACAGUAUUGCUUAGUUUUGGACAGACUUGGAUGCCAAGUCCCAUGGAGGUGUCUAGAGCACUGUGUUCAUCUAUACUUGAUCAGUUUAGAUUAUAGCAGCCUUGACCCUUGGUCAUCUUCGCUUCUUAAAAUGAGCUGCAGGGGGUUGGCUGGGAGUGGUUGAUGCUUCACUAAAGAGAAAGGAGGCGUUGGUGAGCCCCCUCCUUAAGCAGACCCCCCUGAACCCAGAGGGGUUAAAACAACUAUCACCCAGUGGCAAUUACCCCCCCCCCCUUUUUGAGCAAGGUAGUGGCAGUUCAGCUUCAGGAGAAAGCAAAUUACUUGAAUCUACUCUAGACUGGAUUCAGCAGUCUGGUUAUUGGUGGGGGUUCCAUUUAGAUUGCAUGUACAGUGCUUCAGGUUCAGCACUUUCGAGUUGCGCUCUGUGGCAACCCGGAAGUAACGGAGCGCAUUACUUCCGGGUUUCGCCGCUCCCGCAUGCGCAGACACUCAAAAUGAUGUCACGCGUAUGCGUGGAAGCGUCAAAACGCAACACGCGCAGACUCACCGUCGCUUGUUACGUUCGCUUCAGGAUGCGAACGGGGCUCCGGAACGGAUCCCGUUUGCAUCCCGAGGUACCACUGUAACUCCUGUUUUUAAAAAGUUGCAUAGGUUGACAAUUUGCUUCUGGGCCCAAUCCACGGUGCUUGUGUUGGUGUUUAAUGCCUUAAACAGUCCAGGAUCUUCCCUGCAGACCCUCUUGGAUCUUAAGGUCAGCAGAGGAUUUUGACCAAUACCCAUUAUUUGUUGUUUCUAAUGUUUCAUGUUAUUUAUAUAUAUCAGCAGAGGGGUCCAGUCCCUCUUGGUAGUUCCUCUGCCCUCAGAAGUUUGCAGUUGCUGCUGGCCUAGGAGAGGACCUCCUAUUAUCAUUCAUCAUUAUCAUCAUCAUUUAUACAGUGGUACCUUGGGAUACAAACACCUUGGCUUACAAACACUUCUGGUUACAGACUCCCUUACCCGGAAGUAGUACCUCAGGUUAAGAACUUUACCUCAGGAUGAGAACCAAAAUCGCACACUGGCGGCACGGCGGCAGCGGAAGGCCCCAUUAGCUAAAGUGGUACCUCAGGUUAAGAACGUUUUCAGGUUAAGUACAUAACCAGAGGUACCACUGUAUACAACUGUAUGUAUACCUGCAGAUCUCAGGGCAGUUCACAACACAAAAUCACAAUAUAAAAAACACAAAAUACAUAACAAAAAUAAAAGCAAGAACAGCCCAGUAACCCCAUUCUCUCCCCACAGAGGUGUGUCUGGUAGCUCCACUACAGCUUCCAGAGGAUACUGAAGUCACAUCUCUUUAUUCUGACUUUUGACAUUUGAAGGGUAUAUUUUUAGGACCUAAAUGUUUUGGGGGCCAACAUGCUCAUCCAGGUGGAUUUUUACAUUUUAAAGGAAAUGUCCAGGUUUCCAGGGGGUGGGUGUCAUUUUGGCUCGUGCAGCUCAGGAUCAGACUCCUCUGCACGCCACAGCCGCUGCCAGCCUGAGCCAGGGAAAGAGGCUUGCGGGCAUGGCAGCAGCCCUGCGCACGUCUUUCCCUGGCUCAGGCUGGCAGCAGCUUGGGCCGUCUUCUUUUUCCCUCUUCCAGUUAUGGCAACUCUACUGAAAUGUUGAUUGCUGGCAUUCCUCUCAAAACAAGGUGUUUAUUUUUGGAAAUUUUUAAAUUUGGAUUUUGGAGUCACACGAACUUUAGAUUUCUCAGCAGCCUUUGAAUUUUUUCACGGCUCUCGUUUUGCAUCGAAUGUAGCAAGAGCUUAGUCUGGUGGCUUCAUGGGCCUUAUGAGCCAGGAGUUCUCCUGCCCCACUUGUGGAGGAACUCCUCCCACAGUUCCCAGGACAGUGUGGGAUUUCGGUGGUGUCUGCCGGUCCUGGACUUCUCGCCUUGUUAUUCUCCAACAUACUUUCUACCAGAUUUUCUGGCACUUAGUAAGAUCCUUUUGCACAUUCCCGCCCCACCCUUCUGACUUGUUUCUGUUUUUCAUGCCCUCUUCUGAGGCAUUCUGUAUCCCUUGCUUCAAGUGACUCUGUAGUGGAUGGAGCAGGAAGCAGAAGAUAAGGUUGCGACUCCAUCUUGCCCUUCGUAGGCCCCUUCCUUUCAAGAAGGGCAGCACAGAGAUUGAGUGAUUUGCAGGCACCACCUUUGCAAAAUGCCCCAAGUGGCCAACCCUUUGUUUGCUUAAGUUGGGACAGAGAGUGCUUCUGAUCCUCUCAGCCUGGGUGAUGUUGGUCUCGUGGUCUUUGCCUUCCCAGCUUAAGAGGGGCUUCUUGAUAACCUGGAGAAGGGCGGCCCAACUUUUUGUACCACGUGGGCCACAAGAGUACUUUGACAUGGAACCCGAAGGCUGCACACUGCCUUGUUGCAGAGGGGCAGGUGAGAAGCGAGGCCAAAAUUUGACGCCCACCCUCACCCUGCCAGUUAAGCAGGGUGCCAGGCUUUGGGAAGGCAGUGUGAGAGCAGGGGGGCGGUCAGAUGUUGCUGAGGGCCAUCAAAAAAGGAAUUGAGGGCCACAUGUUGAACCACCCUGACCUGGAGUGAGGUGUGGGUGGCUGAGGGAAGUUCAAGGAAUGAUUUCCUGCCGGUGAAUCGGCCUUGCGUCUGGAGAAACGGGGGCAGGAAACUGAGGAGAGCCAAGAAUGUGUGCCGCCAAGGCAGCUAGCCACGCUUGCUGAGUGAGAGGUCGCAACUGUCUGUAGGGGACCCUGACGCCUGGCUGUGUCACUAGGAGGGCAGGCGGAAACGGGAAUGCAGCUUUUGAUGUGGCAAAACUGCAUAGGCGCACCGUGCCAUGCGCAGCUCCAGAUUCUCUUUUCCCAUCAGGUUUCUUCGGCGCUUCUCUCUCUCUCUCCUUGCCCAAAUUUGUGAGAGUCUUCAUUAGGAGCCCUGUGGACAACUAUUUAAAUUUUAAAUCCUUGAGCAUCUGCAUCAAAUGCUAGUGGAGGAGAUCUGUCUCCAUUUUCCCAAGUUGCUUUUCUAGCGUGACAUUUCCCCCCACACAGGAAGCACUUCUGUGUAAGAAAGGGGGGCUCUAGGUUAGAGGCAGCCUGUUUUGGGGGCGGGCGGGGACUGGCACUGGAGGUAUUCAUCAGGCCUCUGACAGCAGGGGCUCAUCCUAAGGACCCCCCCCCUCUGUUUAGUACACACAUUGACCCCUUCGUUCUGAACUGCCUCUUUCCCCACCCACAUUCAUUUCUUGGUGAGAACAGCAACUAUUGGCUCUUCCCUUCUGGGAGGUGAGACAGGGCAAAGCCUAGUAAACAGUCAGCUGAGGGGCAUUAUGGAGACAGUAUAUCAAGGGCAUGGGGGCCGGCAGGUUAAAGGGAAGCUUUUGCUUGUUCUCUGGGGUUCAUCCACACUUUCCCAUGAUUUCUAGACAUAGGCCCAAGACGGUUUUUUGUUUUUUUGGUCCCACCGCUUUCCCCAGAAAACCCAUGGUUUUACUGCUGAAUUGGAACAAACGUCAGUGCGUAGAAAACCCAAUUGACGUUUGUUCCAUUCAUCGGUAAACAGCGGGUUUUCCUAGGGGAAGCGGUGGGAUGAAAGAGGACACAUGCCUAAUGGAAGUGUGGACGAACCUCUGGUUUUGCUUGAGGGAACUCACAGAGGGAGAAAAUACUGCUUUCCCCACAGAUAUGAAGAAUUGGUUGCCAGCCACGAAUGGAGAUUGGCCUGCUCUCGCCAUUUGGUGCAUAUCUACCGUAUUUUUUGCUCUAUAAGACUCACUUUUUCCCUCCUAAAAAGUAAGGGGAAAUGUGUGUGCGUCUUAUGGAGCGAAUGCAGGCUGCACAGCUAUCCCAGAGGCCAGAAGAGCAAGAGUGAUUGUUGCUUUCACUGCGCAGCAAUCCCUUUUGCUGUUCUGGCUUCUGAGAUUCAGAAUAUAUUUUUUCUUGUUUUCCUUCUCCAAAAACUAGGUGCGUCUUGUGGUCUGGUGCGUCUUAUAGAGCGAAAAAUACGGUAUUUUGCACGCAGCGCUGUCUCUGCUAAGGAAGCAGGGAGGGGCUUACACACGGUUUGCACAAUUUCCUCCUCCAGUGAGCUGCUUUUCUCUUGUAGGAAAUCCGUCCCUUCUGAGGUGUUUCAGCAACGAUGCCAGACCCUCCCCUUCUAUUCUGCUCCUAAUCACAUGGGGCAAUGGAGUAUGUGGGCUCCUUCCUACAGAGGUUGCAGAACUCGUGGGGAGAAAAUCCCCACAAAUAACCAGGCCUGGGCAGCGGAAGGAGGGCUUGUUUCUUUCAAAGCGAAAUAUGGCACAGAAAGCUGGCUUCCUGUUAUCUCACUCCUCUACCUUGGGUGAGCCAUUUGGGGGCAGAUCCAGCAGCACCCGCCUGCCGUUGGGCUUGCCCUGCUGGUGACGUCAUCUAGUGGGAGCAGCAGGACCGCAAGCUGCCUGCCCUGUUUAUUUCGCACAGGGGAAACGAAUGAAUCAGUCAGUUUGGAGGGAGGAAGAGGUGGAUGGAUGCAUCUCAAUUUCUUAACUCCUGACAGCACCUGUAGCAUUCAUGCGCGCUUUGCACCUCUCCAACACGUCCUCCAAAUCCGGCAGGACCCGGCAGGAAGAGAGACAGGCACGUGAAAGCUUUUUCAAAACAUAAAACAGAACAGUGGUUUGCUGCCACCACCUCCCUGUUUCCAGGACAGAUAGGCUAGGUGCCUUUUUUGGAGUGGAUUUAUUAUUAUUAUUCAUUUCAUUUCAUCUUUAUAUUUCAAAGAAAAAAUCUCAAAGUGGUUUGCAGCACAUUAAAACAUUAAGUAAAAGGAAUGUGUGAAGGAAUUGCUUCCUUUCCUUUCAUUCAGCUGCAUUGGGUGUUCUUGGGGUUUUUAGUAUUCUAUGAGGUGGAGAAAAACUCUUUAUCUACUUUCCUCUAUCAUCCUACCCUCUCUUUGACUCACCUAUAUUUUUCCUAAACGAAAAAGCUUCCUCAUACUUGGGACUUUCCUUUGCCGAAACCAAAAGGGCUGAGGCAGAAGUGGAUGGAAACCUAAAGGGGGAGAUGUUCCUUGUGGCUCAACACCUCACCUAACCAGACCUCUCGGCUUCUCUGUCCUUCGUGCAGGUGAAGAGAUCUGGCUGCUUGCAGGGGCCCUGUAGACAGCUUCCUGGCCGCUUGCGCCACCACUGCUUCUUCCUCUGUUCCUUCGUGCGAUGAGUGUGCGGCUGCAACUGUGAUGUACUCCCCAGAGUGCAAGGCGGAGGUGACUCCCUCGCACAAUGGCAACCACACCUUCAGCUACACGCUGGAGGACCACACCAAGCAAGCCUUCAGCAUAAUGAAUCAGCUGCGCUUGAGCCAGCAGCUCUGCGACGUCACCUUGCGGGUCAAGUACAAGAACAUGCCCCCGGCCGACUUCCAGGCCCACAAGGUAGUGCUGGCCUCCUCCAGCCCCGUCUUCAAGGCCAUGUUCACCAUGGGACUACGGGAGCAGGGCAUGGAGAUUGUGCCCAUCGAGGGCGUCCACCCCAAAGUGAUGGAGAGGCUCAUCGAGUUUGCCUACACGGCCUCCAUCUCGGUGGGCGAGAAGUGCGUCCUGCACGUCAUGAACGGGGCCGUCAUGUACCAGAUCGACAGCGUGGUCAAAGCCUGCUGCACCUUCUUGGCCCAGCAGCUGGACCCCAGCAAUGCCAUUGGCAUCGCCAACUUCGCUGAGCAGAUUGGCUGUACUGAGCUGCAUCAGCGGGCGCGGGAGUACAUCUACAUGAAUUUUGGGGAGGUGAGUGCCCAUGCAGAGGUGGGGGGGGAGCACGGAGGGCAGGCCUUUUCAGCAUCAGGGUGGAAUGGUCUGGGUGUGGGGGAAUGUCUGGUCGCACGAGAGAACUGCUGCUGCUGCUGCUCCCGUCAUGUACAGUGGUACCUCAGGUUACAUACGCUUCAGGUUACAUACACUUCAGUUUACAGACACCACUAACCCAGAAACAGUACCUCGGGUUAAGAACUUUGCUUCAGGAUGAGAACAGAAAUCGUGCUCUGGCAGCCCGGCGGCAGCAGGAGGCCCCGUUAGCUAAAGUGGUGCUUCAGGUUAAGAAUAGUCUCAGGUUAAGAACGGACCUCCGGAACGAAUUAAGUACUUAACCCGAGGUACAACUGUAGUCUGCUACUCCUCUUCAUGGAGGAACACUCCCCAUGCCCUUGAAAUUUGCCAAGCAGUGCCUCCACGCUGUCAUAUUCCAGCUCUACACCACUAGGGAGUCUCCUUUCAGACUCCUUAAACUUGUGAGAAGCUGAACUCUGUCGCCACCCCUGCCUUCUGCCUGUUUUCCAACCUUGGUGUGGAAAUAUGGGGUUGCACUAUGUUCUUGUUUGUGACCACAGGGUCUCGUAACUGAGAGGCCAAAGCCUGGCUCAACAGAAAAGGGAAGUAAGGAGAAAUAGCAGUUCAAAAGCACGUCAAAGCGCAAGCAGAUAAAUAGGUACCGCUCCGGUGGGAAGGUAAACGGUUUUUCCGUGCGCUGCUCUGGAUUGCCAGAAGUGGCUUAGUCAUGCUGGCCACAUGACCCGGAAGUUGUACGCCGGCUCCCUCGGCCAAAAAAGCGAGAUGAGCACUGCAACCCCAGAGUCGGCCACGACUGGACCUAAUGGUCAGGGGUCCCUUUACCUUUACCUUAAAGAAUAUAAAGACUGUACAGAAACAUUUCUGUAGUACUGGUCUUGUAGAUGUGAUGAAGAUGGAACACCUCUGUGCUUAGGAUAACCCAAAAGUGUGUUGUUAAAUAGGUGUAAGCAUUUAUGCUACUGUUUCUAGCAUAUGCAUUUCCACUAUGAGGCCUGAGUUGAUAGAAACCACCUUCCAACAGCCCAACUUGUAACCCUUCUAACAGACACAAGGACUGGGGAGUUAAAAUCUUUGUUGCUGACUUAAGCUGCCAGCCAGGAAAUGUGGGUCCUUGGUUUCUUAUGUCUGGGAUCAAAUAUAAGAAACUUUCCAACUCUCACACACCUGAAAGGUGAAAGAAGUACUUGAUUAAAAUCCAAAUAAAAGAAGAGCCAUGUCAGAGAUGGGCUGGUUUCUCAGAUGUAAACAAUCCAAGAAAAUAUGCCAAAAGUCUCUGUACAUUUUUCAGAUUCUGCUUAUGGUCCUCCUGGUCCCUGGUUUUGGAAAGUGAAUUCCCACCAAAUUUAAAAAGUUGGGGGAGUCUUACUCCUUGCAGGCUGAAUCUAAUUUACUCCUCAGCAUUCAUCUGAUGCGCUUGGGAGCAGCCACCCAACCCAGUAAGUGAGGCUGGCAAAUGUACUGAUGCGCCCAUUGCCAUCGUGGUGACUCAGCUCAAGCAGUGAUACAGCAAAGACUGCAACAGCUUCACCAUUGCCUUCCAAGAGUUAUCUCAGGCAGGUGGCCCAGCAGAGUGGUCAGUAAUGGUAGGAUCUGCUCCUUCACUUCCUAGGAAUGGUCUUGCAGUCCUUUUAGCAACUCCAGUAUCAAGAGGCCUUGGAACAAAGGCUGGUUCCAUAAAACCACCGCCAGCAGCCAAGGAGCUUUGUAACAUACCAUAUUUUUUGCUCCACCAUACGCACCUAGAUUUUAGAGGAGGAAAACAAGAAAAUAAAUAUUCUGAACGAAACAGUGGAUGUUUGAUUUUUGUGGUUCAUUCUGUGGCCACACACAUGAUAUGUGAUUUGACGGUAGGUUGGGAUAGCCCAAUGCAAAAAUCCUGAGAAUCCAUGUGGAUCCGUGCUUUGUAACCACGUCUUUGCGCCACUGCAGCCCCACGAAACAGUGGAUGCGUGGUUUUUUUGGUGCAGGCUAUAGCCAUGGACAUGCUAUGUGAUCUGAUGGUGAAUUUGGGGUGACCCAAUGCAAAAAUCCUGAGGAUCCAUGUGCUUUUACCUCCCCCUCCCAGGCAGCCUCCUUUAUCGCUAGCGUCCCUUAUCUCUCUCCUCAUCGCUUGCCGAUCAGCUGCUCUGUGGCUUCAUUGCAACACCCCCUUCCCUCUUGUUUGCCUUUAGAGUUUUUUUCUUAGCUGAAGCAGUUUUUUGCUCCUUCUUUUCUUCUAAUUUCUCUCCUCGUUGCUUUAGUCUUCCUGUCUCCUCUCCUUGCAAGUUUGCUUCUUUACAUCCCCCCUUCCCCUGGCAGCCUCCUUUACCCACAGCCUUAUCUCCCUCCUAAUCGCUAGCGGAUCAGCUGCUCAGCAGCUUCAUUUCAACACCCCCUUCCCUCUUUCUUUUUUUUAAAAAAAAAGCAUUAUCUGCUUUUCGCCCCUGGGCAAUUCGGCUCCAGGGACCACGCAUUUGAUCCAUAAGAUGCACAGAUAUUUCCCCUUACUUUUUAGGAGGAAAAAAGUGCAUGUUAUGGAGCGAAAAAUACGGUAAUCUCCCAUGCAGACCCUUGCUCAUCUGAGAGCUUCAGAAAUCUUAUGCCCCACCACCCCACCCCAGAACUCUUUUAUUUGGCUGGGGGUGGGGUGGAGAGGAGAGAGAGAAGGGUGCUCUAAACUUGGUCUUCUCCUGCACCACUCAUUGUGGUCUCACCGUAGCACCAGAAGGCACUUUGCUCCCCGUUGCAGAGCGGUCAAGGAAAGUGUCGUGUGUUGAAGUGCUCUAGCGAAUCUGCAAAACGUCUCCUGCAGAGUUUUGCUGUCAUGUCCUGUGUCUCCCUCUGCGCCCCCCCCCCCACUGCAGGUUUCCAAGCAGGAUGAAUUCUUCAACCUCUCGCAUUGCCAGCUGGUGACGCUGAUCAGCAGGGACGAGCUGAAUGUGCGUUGUGAGUCGGAAGUCUUCCACGCCUGUAUCAACUGGGUGAAGUACGACUGCGAGAAUAGGCGGCUCUACGUCCAGGCGCUGCUCAAGGCCGUGCGCUGCCACUCGCUGACCCCUCACUUCCUCCAGAUGCAGCUGCAGAAGUGCGAGAUCCUCAAGUCGGACUCGCGCUGCAAGGACUAUCUGGCCAAGAUCUUUCAGGACCUCACCCUGCACAAGCCCACCAAGGAUGUGUCUUGCCGGGCGCCCAAAGUGGGGCAGCUCAUCUACACGGCGGGUGGCUACUACCACCGGUCCCUCAGUUACCUGGAGGCCUACAACCCUUGCGACGGCUCCUGGAUUCGACUGGCUGACCUGGAGGUGCCCCGCAGCGGCCUGGCCAGCUGCGUGGUGAGCGGACUCUUCUACGCGGUGGGCGGAAGGAACAACUCCCAUGACGGCAACAUGGACUCGAGCGCCAUUGACUGCUAUAACCCCAUGACGAACCAGUGGUCUCCUUGCACUCCUAUGAGCGUGGCACGUAACCGGAUUGGCGUGGGGGUGAUUGAUGGAAUGAUCUACGCGGUGGGCGGCUCUUUCGGGAGCAACCAUCACAACAGUGUAGAGAGGUAAGGGCUGGGUGCGAAACAGGACCCUGCAAGAGUACCAUAUUUUUCGCUCUAUAAGACGCACUUUUCCCCUCUUAAAAAGUAAGGGGGGAUGUGUGUGUGUCUUAUGGAGUGAAUGCAGGCUCCAUGGCUUCAGCGAAAGCAACGUGAAGCCUCCGGAACGCAGCAGGAGCGCUCCCGCUGCGCUCCGGAGGCUUCGAGCAACUAUCCCUGAAGCCAGGAGAGCAAGAGGGAUCGGUGCGCACCGAUCCCUCUUGCUCUCCUGGCUUCGCUUCGCUGGAGAGGCGCUGCGCAGCUUUCCCUCUCUGUGCAGCGCCCCUUCAGCACAGCGGGAGGAGAAAUGGAAGGGGCUCCGCUUCGCUGAAGGGGCGCUGCGCAGAGAGGGAGAGAAUAUUUUUUCUUGUCCUCCUCCUCCUCUAAGACUAGGUGCGUCUUAUGGUUGUGUGCGUCUUACUGAGCGAAAAAUACGGUGCUUUGCUCCAGAGCAGCAAAUCCAAGGCUGCAGAGGAACAAUCACAGCUGGGCUCUGUGUGUGUGUGUGUGUGUGUGUGUGUGUGUGUGUGUGUGUGUUCCUGCUUCUUCCUUUGCAGCUGUGGCUUUACCUUUGGUGCUCUUUAAAUUGGGCACCUUCUCUCCCCCCCUCCCCCAGCACUUUUGGAAAGGGACAGAUACACUUGGGAGGGAUGGGGAGGAGCUGAAAGGGAAAGAAGAUUUCAGGAAUGGGAAGGCAGUCAGUUCAGACCCCUAGCAAGAGUGAGCUGCUCCUCCUUGGGCAGCCUGGUGGGGAGAGGGAGAGAAAGGGAAGGUGAUGUUGAAAAGAAAGGACCCACCUUUUGUGCAGGCCCUGCUUACGCCUGGUUUUGGCCCCACCCCACCCCCCAGCAUGUGGCUCCCUACAGAUUAUCCUUUAAGGAAAUAUAGCCAUGGGUGCAGCCAGAGGAGGGCAGCUCUCCCCCCUAGAUCAAGUAAAACAAUAGAAAUGCUUAACUGACCAAUCACGCUGGUUCUGCCCCCCAACCAAGUUCUGCCUCUUCCUAACAAAAAUCCUGGCUACGCCCAUGAAUAUGACCCAGACAGGAAAGGGGGCUGAGUCUAGGGAGGGAUGGGGAGCUCUGUGGUCCUUCAUACGUUGCUGGACUCCCAACCAGCAGUAGCCAGUGGUCAUGGAUGAGGGUGAUUGUAGUUCAUCAAUGUCUGGACAUACGAAGGUCCCCCAUGCCUAGUCUGGGGCAUCUGCCCAUCUGGCAUGACCCAGUGGGACUCUCCCCUGCACAGGUACUGGGUGGGUGGCAAGGGCCCGUGGGUUCUCAGGAGGCUACUGUCUGUGCCAGCAGCAUGCACAACUCAAAGCUGAUGGCAAUUUGAUGACCUCAUUGCAAAGGCAACAGGGUUGCCUGGGUGCUCUUUUUCUCCCAGGUGCCUGCAAGUGAAGAAAAGUCAGCAGGAAGGUUAUUUGGGGGGGGGGGGCAGGAAGUGGCUUGGCUUCAGAAUUGCUAAUAACUGAAAGAACCACAAAGGAAGCCCUGGCACCCUGCCCUGACCCCUGGAAGAAAGUACCUGCAAACCUACUUCCCUCGAUCUGAGGCGUCGGGGAACCGACAUGAGAUACCCAAGAGUGAGGAAAUAGCAGCCAUUUUGAUUGUCCUAUUUCAGACAGCAUGGAGGUCAGAGGACAGUAAACAGGCUGCAGGUGGUUCCCCUCUGAGUCAGGAGCAAAAUUCACUUGUUUCCUGUCGCUCUUUCUGCACCGUGCCUCACCCAGGUUGGUCACGUGGCCAAUGAUCCUUGCUUUUUCAAAAAAGGAAAAAAACAGAAUGUGCUCUAAAACCCAAGUUUUGAGCAUGGGUGCCAGAUACACAGCCAGCCUUGGCUAUGACUUUUAAGGUAGGACCUUGCAACUUUCCAGAGGGAGGGGUGGCGUUGUGUGGAGUGCAGGUUUCUAGAGACUAAGGCUGUUCGGACACCCCUGAAAAAGGAGGUGGUGUCAGCAGAGAGGCCACUGGUGAAUUGUCCAGAGACAGAAAUUUGCCUUUCAGUUAUUUCCUUGCUCCUUUGAAACCAGGAGGGUUUCGAUCUUUUCUUCAGAUGGAAGCCAGAUAUCUAGUUCUGUGCUGACUGUUAACAAUCUUCCCUUGAGUUUUGGGGAGACCUUUUGGCUACACAGGGGCUCUGCUCAUCUGCUGUUGUUUGACUGUGACCUUUUGGAGGAGGCCCUAGGAACAAGAGGGUGGUGGCAGCUGCUUAUUUGAAGCUGAACAGGUGUGAAAUGCAGCCUUUCCUGGCCAGCAGCUAGUUUUAUGGAGUGAUGGCUUUGUGGAAGUGCUGGGGGGCCAGGGCCUCGUGCCCCAACACGGACCACAAGCAUGUCCUGUCUUUUGCAGCUGCCCCUCCCUCCCGCAAGCGCCUCUGGAUACAGGAGCCAAGAUUUGGUGCCCUCCUCCCUGCAGUUGCUUAACUCUGUGCUAGCCUCAGCCCCUUGCUCAUGCGCACACAUUGUCGACAUGCCCUGAGGCGUCUCCUCCCCUCUCUUCCUCCAGGUACGAGCCAGAGCGGGACGAGUGGCAGUUAGUGGCGCCCAUGCUCACCCGUCGCAUUGGUGUCGGGGUGGCUGUGCUGAACCGUCUCUUGUAUGCGGUGGGGGGCUUCGAUGGCAAUUGCCGCCACAGUUCAGUGGAGUGCUAUUACCCUGAGCGGGACACGUGGGAGAUGAUUGCCCCAAUGAAUACCAUCCGGAGUGGAGCAGGUAAGUGGGGCGAUGGAAAGGAAUUGGGUUCCUGUGUCCCAGAACUUUCACCAAGGCUGUCUUUUCUCUGCUGGUUGCGCCGAGAUUGGAGGUGCGCUCCCUUUGCUCUCAUCUGGCCGUGGGUGCUGCCUGGGUCGAGGGAUCAGAUUUGGUUUUACUCUCUGAAUUUUCCAACUGCUCUUAUAUUGAAUGGGCAUCCUAGAUUGACAAUGGUGUUAGUAGUCAUGGUGGUAUUAUUACUAUUACUACUACUACUGCUACUACUAUUAUUAGGCCAUCCAUCUAACUGAGUUGUCCCAGCCACUCUGGGCAGCUCCCUACAAAAUAUUAAAAACAAAAUCAAACAUCAAAAACUUCCCUCUGCAGGGCUGCCUUCAGAUGUCUUUGAAAAGUUGUUGAGUUCUUUAUCUCCUUGACAUCUGAUGGGAGGGAGUUCCACAGGGAGGGUGCCAUUACGGAGAAGGCCCUGUGCCUACUUCCCUGUAGCCUCGCUUCUCGCAGUGAGGGGAUCACCAGAAGGCCCUUGCUGGACCUGUUUCUGGCCUGAGCGAUGGGGUUGGAGACAUUCCAUCCAGUAUAUAGGGCUGAGGCCAUUUAGGGCUUUCAAGGUCAGGACCAACACUUUGAAUUGUGUGCUCGGAAAUGUACUGGGAGCCAAUGUAGGUCCUUUAGGUUAUAUGGUCCUGGCAGCAGCUCCCAGUGAUGAGCUAAAGCUCAGGUGGAGAAACCUGUGGCCUGCCAGCUGAUGCCGGACUCCAGCUGCCAUCGGUUCCAGCCAGCACAGUGAAUGGUUGAGGACAAUGGGCCUUGUAGUCUAAAAACAUCUGGUGCCCCACCCCAGGCUAGAGGCUGAAGUGCAGCUGCAGCGCAGAUGAGUCAGUCGCAUGGCACUCACAGGCCCAUUUAUUUUGCUGAUGGGCCAGCCCUCCUGGUGCAGAGGCCUGUGCAAUAGUAAUGCAGCCAUCUCCUACUGGCGAUAGGUCAGUGAGGUCUUGGUCUCCUUAUUGCUGAUUGCCAUGCAAAAAUGGGGGGGGGGGGUUACUCUGGGAAACAGUGCCUUAUGCUUCAUUAGGUAGGCCAAAAGACUUCACACGUACUGCUUGAAACGAGACACUAAAUAUCUGUGGGGCCUCUGAAUACGAUGGGAUGAGUCGGGGUCAGGCUAGUCUGUCUUAACACGGCUGCUUCCUCCCACAGGGGUUUGUGCGCUCAAUAACUGCAUUUAUGCCAUGGGGGGCUUUGAUGGCACACUACAACUCAACAGCGUGGAGCGUUACGAUGUGGAGGCGGGCACCUGGUCCUUUGCGGCACCCAUGAGCCACCGCCGGAGUGCGCUAGGCGUCACUGUGCACCAGGGCAAGAUCUACGUCUUGGGUAAGCUUGGCCAGCCAGGGUAGCUCUCUGCUGGGAGGGAGGUGGCAAAAGGACAAAAGGCUGCAGAAGGCAGGGUUGGCAUAGCUCUUUUCUGCCCCCACCCCCCUUAGCAUAUCUAUAUUUCUAAAAGAGAAUAUGAUCAUAUGUAUGGUGGAUAAAGACACUGGGAGGAAUUCAGUGUGGGGCUAAACAGAUUGCUCCAUCAGCUUACCUGAUGAAAUCAUCUCCCCUAUGCUGUUCCCAGGGUUCUCCCAAGCCAAUAUGGGGGUGUCGCAGCUAUUGCACUAACACAAGUCUGCUGGCGCUGUGGUCUAAACCACUGAGUCUCUUGGGCUUGCCGAUCGGAAGGUUAGCAGUUCAAAUCCCCACAAUGGGGUGAGCUCCCGUUGCUCUGUCCCAGUUUCUGCCAACCCAGCAAUUUGAAAGCACGCCAGUGCAAGCAGAUAGAUAGGUACUGCUGCGGUGGGAAGGUAAAUGGUGUUUCUGUGUGCUCUGGCUUCCAUCAGUGUCCCAUUGUGCCAGAAGUGGUUUAGUCAUGCUGGCCACAUGACCCAGAAAGCUGUCUGUGGACAAACACCGGCUCCCUCGGCCUGAAAGCAAGAUGAGCACCACAACCCCAUAGUCGCCUAUGACUUAACCGUCAUCGGGCCUUUAACUUUUUUACCUAUGCACAGGCAUGGUGGGAGCGAUUAGUUGGACAUGGUCGCUUUAUUUUCUUGUGUGUGUUAAUUGCUGGCUCUCUCCCCAUGCAGGUGGCUAUGAUGGUCACACCUUCCUGGAUAGUGUUGAAUGUUAUGAUCCCACCACCGAUACUUGGACCGAGGUGACCCACAUGACAUCAGGCCGGAGUGGGGUGGGGGUGGCCGUCACCAUGGAGCCAUGCCGCAAACAGGGCGAUGAGAACUGCCAUUGCUAAGAGAGAGUGCAGAGCUUCCUUUCAAAUGGAGGAAAGAAAACAAAUGGGAGAAGAUUCAGUAUUAAGACAUGCCUAGUGCUAAGUUCUGUUCUGCCAGGACCAAGGAAAAGUGCCAAGGAUGAGCAAAACUUCAAAACUGAAUUUGAACUACCUAUGAGGGGCAGUGACUGUGAAGAACUGUCCCUGCUCUGAGCUUUUAUCAGGGUAGUGUAUCUGGUGAUUUACGAUUGACCCUGCCUCAUUCUAGUACAGUGGUACCUCUGGUUGCGAACGGGAUCCGUUCUGGAGGCCCGUUCGCAACAUGAAAAGCCUGCAACCUGAAGUGCCGUAUCUGUGCAGGUGCGCGGUGCGAUUUGGCGCUUGUGCGCGAAGCACGAUUUAGCGCUUCUGCGCGAGCGGCAAAACCCGGAAGUAAGCCUUUCCGGUACUUCCAGGUCACCCCAGGACACAACCUGAAAAAAUGUAUCAUGAAGCAAACGUAACAUGAGGUAUGACUGUAUUGGGAAUCGUCUAAAAAAGGAACCUGCCUAUGAGAAUUGCAGAAGAGAGCUUGAUGUUCACAGUGCCCUUCUUUCCAGAUGUCUGGCAAGUGAUGGUCUGGCAAGGAAUAGUCUAAUUAUUGGGGGUGGGGGGUCUCCUUUGCAUGGGACGCUUGGGAAUACCUUGUAAAUAGAGCAUUCCUGCCUAUUUGAAAUGUUUAUUGAACAGACAGUUUGACAUCAAAUUCAAGUCUGGAUUUUUCUAAAGUUCCCUCUCUGCCUAUUCAAACUGGUAAAUUUUGACAGAACGCUGCAAAAGGAAGAAAGCUGGGCAGACUGUUUGCUCUUGUGUGGCUGAUAGUUCUGCAAGGUAAGUGAACAUAGCACAGGACCUAAAAAGACUUCAGGUGGGCCCUGGCUGCUUUUGAAUUAUUGCCACCCCAUGAGAAGUGCUUGGCCAGGGUGCUUCCUGCAUCAAUUGGUUUUGUUUUUACCAUCAAACUUACUGGCUUGAAAUGAACUGGUUUUUAAAUUACACUUCUCACACAAAUAAAGCAACUUUUUGCGAUUAGUAC